AUGCCACUGGGAGAAACAACGUUUCAUUGGUUAGUUGCGCACGGCAUCCCGCACAAGAAGCAGUCUCCUGGAGGUACAACGUUACUAAGAUCUGAAAUGAACCAACGCAGUAAAAACCUUGUGCUACUUGCACUUUCAAAUGGCAAUCAAAACUCCGUUGAAGUGCAAAAUUUAGCCAACUCUACAAGGAUGCCAUGUUCUGAACAUACAUUGUCUCAUCAUACAAAUUCCGAGAAACAAGUAACACCAGCCAAUCUAGAUGACCUUACAACAACUACUCCAGAGCAGAAUGAUACUACUUUAGAGAACCCCAGUAACUCUCCGUCUAUUUUAUAUGCCACUAAUGAAACGAAUGAACGAAAUAAUAUCGACUUCCCAACAGGUGAUUUCUCCGGCACUGAUUCAGGAGAUGACCCUCGUGCAAGGUCGUCUUCAUCCAGUAGCUCCAGAAGCAGUUCCAGCUGUAGCUCCAGUAGUAGUUCCAGUGGCAAUUCAAGUAGCAGUUCCAGUGAUACUCCUGCUGAGAAUAAUAAUUCUAAUAAUGAGAGUCUUUUUAACGGGCAUAACCAAACAGAGCAACCUAUAACUAAACCAAGAGGCAGAAAGCGUACGCGUAAUCCAACAACCUGGAAAAAGAAUGUUGCUAAGCGAUUGAAAAAUUCUGGUCAAACUUAUAUCUCAGUAAACACCAAAAAACUAAAUCAAGGUAAGACAAUGGGACCUUCAUGUACCUCAAAAUGUCGGUUAUCCUGUGCUGCAAAAUUUACUGAACAAAAAAGGACGGAAAUAUUUAAGUCUUACUGGAAGUUGGAGAGUGUAGAAAGGCAACGGGGUUUUUUAAACGCUUGUACAAGAACACUAAAAUGUGCUUACCGCCGCAUAAAGACUAACAAAAUGUACGACAGAAAAGAAAACACUGCAUAUUACUUGCUUAAUGAGAAUAAAGAGAUCCGCGUCUGUAAAACUUUUCUGAUCAACACUCUGGGUAUCACACAACGGAUAAUACGGACUGUUAUCGACGGCAAAGCACAGAAUGAUGGCUUUACGCCACCUGAUCAACGAGGAAAACACGGAAAGCAAUGCAAAUUGCAACCUGAAGUUAUACAAGCAGUAAAGGACCAUAUCGAAUCAAUUCCAAAGGUUGAAAGUCAUUAUCUCAGGGCUAAUACUAGCAGACAAUUCAUUGAUGGGGGUUUGACAGUCGCAGCAUUGCACAGAAAUUAUUCCGAAAUUCAGAAGCAACAAAACAAGCCUAUUGUAAACUACGACGUCUACUCACGGAUUUUCAACCAAGAUUUUAACAUUGGAUUUUUCAAACCCAAAAAAGAUCGUUGCGAUGAGUGUGAAGCAUACGAAAAUGCCUCUGAAGUAGAAAAGAAUAAAUUACGUGAAAGCUUCAACUUACAUCAGGAAGAAAAAAGCUUAAGUAGACAUGAAAAAGACAGGGAUAUGAAAAGAUGUCAUGAACCUGAUAACAACACAAUUGUUUUCACCUAUGACUUGCAAGCGGUGUUACCCUGCCCUGUUGGCAAAUCAAGCUCGUUUUACUACAAAUCAAGACUUAAUUGUUAUAAUUUAACAAUAUCUAACGCAAACAAACGAGAAACAACCUUAAAUGAAAUGAAUUAUGACGAUUUCUUCGAUUUGAAAUCACUUGAGGAGAACAUGAACUUUAAUAUGGCGAAAAAUGUCAAUGGUGAUGUUAUCAAGACCGGUGAUAUCAAAAGUAUUAAAUUCACCAAGAAUUGUGUAAAUUACCAAUAUCGAACCACUUACAAAACUGAAAACUGGGAGGAAGCAAAAGCUGUUGUUCAACCAAAAAAUUUAGGCGGCAAUAGAGGCAAUCGAAGAAUAGAUGAAAUUAUCUUGAAGCAAGCUUUACAUUUGCAGGAAAAACAACUUUAUUGUAACCGCAGCGUUAAAGACUCCCCGAUUUUCCUGGUAAUGUGGCAGUGA